GGUUUCCUCAAGAGGCGCAACUUUACUUAAUCCGCUGCACUUUGAGCGUCGCAUGCAUCUCGCGCGGUGCGUUCGCGAAAAACACGACAAAAACAAUUCAAACUUUUAAAACUCAAAAAUAAAAAAAAAGAUUUAAUGUGUUUUAAUCAGUGCGUGGACAUGUGCUAUCACAGUUAAUAAAUGUUGAACACAAAAUAGUGCCUGAAUAUUGAUUUUAUCCGCUGUUAUGGAAUUCGCGAUUAGCGGACGGACGCGAAGGUGCGCGCGGAAGUUGCUCCUGGUGAUAUUGAUACUAUCAACGACAGUGCCACAUUCGAUUAGUGCUCAAGACGAGGAGGAGUCGAGUACGGAGGUGCAAUAUAGCGUGAGCAGUAGCACAAGUAUUGACGUGGGUGCUGUCGGACGUAGUGCGGACACCGGUGGUGGUAGCGCCGGCAAUGGCGGUGGUAGCAUCAUCGAAGACGUAAACAAUGGUGGUUUAAACAUCCCACACGAUCCACAGGAUGUUGUCGCAUCUUCAACAACUACAAAAACAGCACAACUGCGACGUGCGCCCCCUGGUGUUGAGAAGAAACAAAACCUGACAAGGGAAGCGCUAUCCCACGACGCCAGCGAACACGAAUCGGUCGUGUUUAUCGGUGAAGGCAACAACGGAUACGUCCCUGUGCCACCCUUGAGACCGCGCCAGGACGAAGAAGAAGACGAAGACUGGCGUUUAACAACAGCUGUGGAUACCUGGGAUCGUGAAUACCGCCGGUUUCGAUUCAACACCACGCGCGUACAGCAUAUUGAAGCGGAAUGCCAAGACGACUACAUGAAAAUACGCGUGGGGUUCAACGGAUCCUUCACCGGGCUCGUCUACUCCGCAGGUUAUGCAUAUGAUCCGGAUUGUAUGUACAUUAAUGGCACUGGCCGAGAUUACUACGAGUUUUACAUUCAAUUAAAUCGAUGUGGUACCCUGGGCAAAAACACCCAUAAUGAGGAUAACAGAAAAUCACCGACUAAAAACUUCAUGUGGAAUACUGUGACGGUUCAAUACAAUCCUUUGAUUGAAGAGGAGUACGAUGAACAUUUUAAGGUUACAUGCGAAUAUGGUUAUGAUUUUUGGAAAACAGUCACUUUUCCUUUCUUGGAUGUAGAGGUUGCUACUGGUAAUCCUGUGGUGUUUACCUUAACACCUCCGGAAUGCUACAUGGAAAUCCGGUAUGGUUACGGAACGCAAGGAAAUCGCGUUACAGGACCCGUACGCGUCGGAGAUCCCUUAACUUUAAUAAUUUACAUGCGUAGCAAAUACGAUGGUUUUGAUAUCGUCGUCAACGAUUGCUACGCUCACAAUGGCGCCACAAAGAAAAUUCAACUGAUUGAUGAGUACGGGUGUCCCGUGGACGACAAACUAAUAUCACGCUUCAGAGGCUCGUGGUCCGAUAGCGGUGUCUACGAAACGCAGAUUUUCGCAUACAUGAAGACGUUCAGGUUCACCGGCUCCCCAGCGCUGUACAUCGAAUGCGACGUGCGGAUGUGCCACGGCCGGUGUCCGUCGCAACCGUGUCACUGGCGCAAUAUUAAGAACACGCGUAAGCGGCGCGCCAUCGACGGGCAGACUUCGGCCGCGACGGCGACGACGACACAAUCGUCUUCUUCGCUAUCGGAGAACGUGAAUCUGUUCCAAUCGCUGCGCGUGCUGCAAGAGGGCGAAGACGACGCCGAACGAAACUCAACAACCAAUGCGUACCGAGAUCCAAAUUCGGUGUGUAUUAAAACAGGGUGGUUUUCCGCUUUGUUAGCACUUGGUGGUGUUGCAAUGUGUUUGCUAGGUGGCGCGCUGCUCGCCACGUGCACACGGUUGAAACGUUCGGCCAUCGACAAGGUACUAUCGAGCGGCCAUUUUGACGGUUACAUGAACCACAAGGGCUCAAUUAAUUAAAGCUCGCUGCGGCUUACAAUCAUCAUUCAUCCGACUGAAAUCAUCUGCGUGUGCGUAUUGCGCUCGAGCGCAGUGUUGUCACUUGAAGCGUGAAUUGGUUUCGCGUGCGCUGAAUCGAGACACAUGUUCGAUUUCGUUUUGGUUCAGUUGGUAAAUCAUUAUAUUAGGACGCUACUCGUGUAACGAUUUAACUAGGUUUAUGUGUUUUGCGAGUUUUGUUAAACUCAUGGCUAGACGGAUAAUCGCUGAACGCACGUUCAUGGAUGAUUCGUUUAUAAAUCAAAACGAUUUCGAUUCGGUUCUUUGAACGAAAGAGUAAAUAUAAACAACUCCUCCUGAAUGUGCGAGACGUGUACGGCGAUUAUUACACCCUCCAAGUGGUUUGACUUCAUUUCAAUGUAUUCUCAUAAUAAUGUAAUCUUACUUAUAGAUCGUACGUGUAUAUAAGUUAUUUAUAGAUUCUUUAAUGAUUUAGUUAUAACAAGUGCAAGGGCAAUACGUAUGCCGCAUUGAAAAUCUCUAAAACUAAAACUAUAAGUACUGCGAAUAAAAACAUUAUCUACACAA